CUUCACCCGAUCACAUUCACACUUCACCUAGGAAAAUUAAAAAUUCUAGUCACCUUUUGCUCAAAUUCUUCCCACCUGAAAGCUAGUAAUGCUGUAACAAUCCAUAAUUUCACCGAAUCACUCAACUUUGACACCGAAUCUACACAUCAUUACGACAAUUACCCGAUACACAAGUAGUCCGGCGAAUUAACCUCUGAAGUAACGAACACGCCGCAUUUUCUCCGCUCCGAGAUUAAUACACGUGCCGUGGAAACUGCGAGUGGAACUGAAAGCGGGGCGAAUUGAAAGGGAAGAAGGAAUGAACGAACGUUCCUCGUUCUUGCGAGCAUCGAUGAAUCGUCGCAGGAAAUGUUAGCGCUUCUGCUGCGGAAGGUGCCCUCAAAAGCGAGUCUGACGCUGCUAAAUGGCAACAAGCCGCGCCUGCAAUUCAGGAAGAGUGCCUCGCAGAGGAAUGUUCCAGCUCAGUUCCUGCAACGGAACUUCGAUUUACAAGAGUCGAAGCUUCUGAGCCAGAAGCCUGGCAGGAUACAGAUACUAAGCGACUGUUUGGACCUCGUUUGCCUUAACACUCUAGCAAAUAGAUCGUCUAAACGGUUGUCAGAGUGCACCUUCGAUCGAAACCUAUCCGAUUAUCAGACAUUUCCGCGUAGAUAUUACGCGACGUGUCGCGCUGAAGGGAAGCCUCCUUUGACAUCGGAGGAAGCGAACUUCACUGAAACAGAACAUUCUCUGAAAGCUGAUUGUUUGAAGUAUUUUGGAGACGCAACAGCUGGAAAUAAACAGGAAUCGAAGAUAAGCGAAUAUCCGAAUUAUUGGCAGGGUUUAGAUGCUGAUUAUUUCCAGUCGAUUCGAAACACGUCUCCUUUAUGCCUGGGUAGUAUAGUGAGGUACUAUAGCAGGGACGUAGUAUCUAGAAGAUAUGAGAAUAAAUCGCUGGAGAGCGCGAAAAAACAGGAAUGUCAACCUGAAGAUUGUAGUAACAAGAAAGACUAUUCACGAGGAGAAAAGUUGUCAGACUGUUACGAGAACGCGGAGUACAGUUCUCCACAACGUGAAUGCGUACACCAUGAAUACAGCACAGCAUCGGAGUCUUCGGACCAGCAGGGACAACGUCAACAAUGUCAACGGCAGAAGGAACAACGACAAUGCGAACAGCAGCGAGAACAACAGCCAUGUCGACAGGAACAUGACCAACAAGAAUGUCAAUGUCAGCACGAAAUGAAAGAUGAACGUCGUCAACAAGUGAAGUCGCAAGAACGUUUAUCGUAUCAACGCCAGCAGCAACAACAAAGACACCGACAGAGGGAACUGCUGCCACAACGAAGACAACAAUAUCAACAGCAACAACAUCAACAGGAAGAACAACAAUGCCAGCAACAACUGUACCAAGAGCAACAAGAACAGCAACCAUGUCAACACCGACAACGACAGGAACAGCUGCACCAACAGCCGCAAAAUACGCAUCAGUGCCGACAGCAACAGCAACAACAUCAACAGUGCUCGCAACAAGAACAAGUACAGUGCCCUUGUCAUCAACAACAACAAUGUCGACAGCAGCAAGAACAGCAAUCAUGUCAAGGACAAUCACAGCAACAGCAGAUAGAUUACGAAUAUCGACCGCAUCAAGAGGAAGAGCAUGGUCUUCAUCAACGUCAACCACAGAAAGAGCAACAGCAGUUACAAUACCAAUAUCGACCAUAUCAAGAGCAACAGCAGGACCAUCAUCAAUAUCAACCACAGCAAGAACAAAAGCAGUGCCAUUAUCAACAUCAAUCACAGCAAGAGCAGUGCCAGUAUCAACAUCAAUCGCACCAAGAGCAGUGCCAAUAUCAACAUCAAUCGCAGCAAGAGCAGUGCCAUUAUCAACAUCAAUCACAGCAAAAGGAACAGCAGUGCCAUUAUCAACAUCAAGAGCAACAGCAGAAGCAGCAACAAACUUCUCAUGAACAACAAUGUCAAGGUCGUGGUCGAACAGAUGGUCAAUCAUCCAGAUAUUCGCAACAACUAGACUACCAGCCUAAGAUCGCAGUUUGCAACAAUCCACCUUCAUCUUCAGGCCAAGAAGGAUACCAUCAACCUACAUACCCAACAUGCAAUGCUGCUCAAACAUUCCCAGCGUCAACUUCGCAGUUACCAUCAAUUCAGCAACCAGCGUCAACAUCGUGUAACCAACAGACUCAAUCUUUCCGAGACAAAAUAACUCGAAUGUGCAGCUCCCGUUGUAAGGAACGGGAUUGCAAACCUAUCGAUGGAGAAGCUUCUGCCACGAUGAAAAGAUUUUCUUCAAUAAAGGAGGGACUCGUCUCUUGGAUAUGGAAGCGCAAGUCGCCUGAAACUCACGAAAAGGACAGCGAAGUUCCAACAUGUAGAUGCGAACGGCCUUCGACGGAGCCAAACUGCGAAACAUGCGAUCGACUGCCUCCGAAGCCUAACCACUGGGCCCAGAAGAAACAACGUACUCGGGCUUUAUCAUGUGGCCCUGAAGUCUACAUUCCCUACGAGAGCUCGAUCAGACCACAAUCGAAGCAUCGAUCGUCACCAAGGAAGGUCCACGUGGACGAGUUGAUUCAAGAUCCAAUAGAGUAUCAGCCCAUGAAGAGCGCGUCGAAUCGCCGAGGUUUCAACAAGGUCUGGCAGGAGUCGUGUACGUCGAACCCGCGUAUCGUCCGCUUCGAAGACAAGAAGGACUACCAAACGGCACGGAAAACUAAAACCGGCGAAGAACUUAGGAGCGAGACAAGUUUCGCAACCCUCGGCAGCAGUUCUUGCUGGAAGCCAGCGGGCACGUUCAAGAUCGGCGAUGUCAGCAACGCCAGGCCCAACAUGUCCACGUUGAAGUACCGGCUGACCAAGUGUCCCAAGGUGGAGCAGAUGUGGCAGCAAUGUAAAUGCGAGCUGCCCAAGGUCUCUGUGAAACCUGUGGCCUUACCAAAACCGAUUCCUGUCAGACGUCGCAAAGUACAACCUGUCCAAAGUACUGGCGAAUGGAGGGAACAAAAGUACCCAGUCCGCUUAAAGAUUUUCAAGUCGAAGAGCACCUUGGAUCCCUGUUUGCCUACCAUGAUUGAAAUCAGUAAGGAUCGGAAUAGCAGCUUAGAAACGCCGAAGGUUAAACUGAUGGACGGUGAUUCAACUUGUACCUCAACGACGAAAAGUGAACCGUCGUUGAUGAGAGAAUGCGGCGAUUGCGGACGGAAAUCGAAGAACGCGUGUCAGCCUUGAUCCUAACGCUCCAGGAAGUGUAGAGUAAUUUUUGUCAUCUGUAAUGUAUUGUUGACACUGAAAAGUGUGGUGACGUACGUCAAAUUGACUUCUAACAGUAGUGGCGAUGUACAUCAAAUUGUUUCCGUAUCAAUAAUAGUGACUUCGAAAAAGUGGAGGUAGGUGACGUCAUGCGCCGCGAGUCUUGUACACAUAUUGUACACAUAUUGCGUGUACAUUAUAAUUCUGGACUAUGAACGCGGAACGUCUGCGUCGCGUUCUUAAUUCAAAAUUAUAAUAUACACGCCUUAUGUGCGUCAUUCCGCUGUACGCGAUUCGUGACGCGUGACGUCACCUACUCCCACUUCUUCGAAGUGAGAACUGACUUAUCCUGCUGCGAACGCUGAGCAUGGCGUCUAAUUGACUCUGCAUAAGUAAACGUAAAUGUUUUUGCACGCAAAAAUUUCACGUACGUCGCCACUAUUGAUAUGGAGUCAAUUUGACGUCAAGUCAGUAGUGAUAUUUAAACAAUGGUCACCGCUUGAAAUUUAAUUUAGAUAAAAAAAGGUCAUCGUUUCAGCGAAGGUAUACUUUCUGGAAAUUUGAGUUUGUAUAUUUGUCGCGCACUUAUAUUUUGCGUUUCAAGAGAGGUUAUUGCGUCUGACUAUUACCUGCUGUUUUUACUUGCAACUAGGAAUUAUGCUGGUCCUGGGUAGUCUGCGGCCAUUAAUUUCACUGUCUCUUAAUUGUCAGGUGAUGUCAAAUUAGAAGCAAUGUUUUUAUUGAAUAAGAAAAGUGUGAGAACAGAGUGUAUCAUCUCAAAUAUUUGGAAACCAUGCGAUAAAUUGUAAAAUAACUGAAUUGAAAUCAUUUAUAUUGGCGAAUUUUUUAAUUUUCUUCUUACAACAUUUCUAUAUUUUGUUGCUGUUUCGAUUAUUUGAUCAUUAAUGAAUCACAUGGAAUUACAUGAGACACAUCGAAAUUAUUCAUCUUGCGGAACGUACAUUAAAAUUAUGGGUAAAACUCCGUUAUUAUUACCAUAUACUUCAUUUUCCAUUGAAAUAUUUCAUUUUCUCAUGCAUAAAUUAUUGCACAUUUUGAUUUUGUUUCCGCAUCGAUGUAAAACAUAUCCAUUUUUCAUUCUGUAUUACGAAUAAACGGAUUAUUAUACAGCUGAA